GUUUAUUUAUGUUGUCGAUAAAACCUUUGUGUGACUACAUCGUGUCUAUGAUAAGAUUCAAUAUGUCAUCAUAGUACGUGAAAUUAUUUAAACACCAAUUCAUCUGCCCUCUUGUUUGCAAGAGCUUAAGAGCCUUCCUGGAGUGAGAGACCAUGGGCCGGUUGGAUGAUGCCGCGAAACAUAAAGUGGUGGAGCUGCGGAAGGCUGGUCUGAGUUUACGCAAGAUCAAAGCUGUGUUGGAGCUGGAGAACAUCAAGGUUUCUGCCCAGGCAAUCUACUUGUUCCUAAGGGAGUUCCAAGGGAGGCCGCCAGGGAGGGUUAAACCUAUGGAGACUGGAGGAAGCACAUCAAUCGCACAGAUACAGCAUCGAACCGGAGCAAUACAAGAGGGCUGGAGUAACAUUCGAAUUCAAAAUGUUCUGCGGGAUGCAUCUCAUCAUGCUGGCUUUGCAGCUGCUUCAAAUGUUCUCAAACAGACUUCCACAAAUCCAGAUUUUGGUGCAAAUCCAUCUGGAUCUGGGGUGACAAGUGGAGGCAGCAGGCCAGAAAUGCAACAGGAGGGAGAUAAGGAAGAAAAUGACAUCCAGAUUGUAAGUGUCACCUCCCUUGCACAGAGCUGCCAUCAAACAGUUCCUCAGUCCACUGUAGCAAGAGCAGAGACUUCUGUGUCUUCCACACUAACAGCUGCUGCAGCGUUGAUGAGGAGGAGAGUAACAGCUUCUCCAGCCACCAAUUCAAUGCUGGCAGCUCGAAAAAGGCUUUUGGAUAAAGCGCUGGCACACAGGGUGAAGUCUUUCCCUCAGGUAGCGUCGUUGUUGAGGAGAGAUCCCUCCAGUGUCCAUGCUGCCAAUAUGAGAAGUUCAAUACCACAACUGUCCGAAACGUGUGAUCUGACCACUGAAAAGACUCUUAUGGAGGGGCAGUCCGAUGGAGGUAGCACCACCAGGCGUUUUCUCACACAAAGACCAGGUCCGCCUGUGCGUUCCCUUCACCCUGUCCCUCGGGUUGGCAUUCGUCUUCCUAACCGCCCAAUAGCACCUUCAACAUCCUUAGCUCCUGGGGUUGCCCUCAUUCGUCUACAAACCCCAGGAGGCCAGGGCGGAACUCGUAGUGAGGGGAACCCGAGCCCCCAGCAAGCAGUCCAGGACACUGGAGGGAGAGGUGGUCUUCAGGAUCAGAUCCAGACCCUGGGCUCAGAGGUGCGCAGCUUGGGUCUGGCAGUGAAGAUGCUGGUGGAGCAGCAGUGCCGCCUUGAGAGGGAGCAGGGGCAGCAGACACACAUUCAGAAGCAGAUCCUCAGCACACUACAGUGCAUGGCCACCAAUCUGGGACGUUCUAGCGUCGUUCAGCAGCAGCACAACAAAACUCCCUCACCCUCUGGUUUGCCAGCAGCUUCUGCAUCUACCUCCUUCAGCCAAGACACCUUCAACUUCAGUCCAGGCACAUACACUCAGUGCAACCAAACCCAGCCAAACUACAACUCUAUAGAGAGUUUAGAAAAUGUAGAGGCCUUUAAACUGCCUGGACUGAGUCCUUCAAGAAUGAAUGGCUUUCCACCAUGUAGCAAUGCUGAGAACCUCCCACUUACCCACACUCCCCCUCAUACACAAGCUUAUGUAGCUUCAUACCCACCCAGUCAAACCCUUAUGCCUCCUUACACACAGUCCUAUGUCUCUACAUACAGCCAGUCACAUUCUCAGACUUUCGGUGGAGCAGUAAAUAAAACAGCUGAUUUCCAAAACAGCUGUUCGGCAAGGACUCUCCAGGACUGCAGUGUUUCCACACAGCCGGUGAUGAACUCUGACCUCUCGUCGCAGGAUCAGCAGAUCAAUAUUAUCAAGGUCGAAGGACCUUAGUAGCUUUCAGAUGCCAUAAUGUGUUGGGACCAUAGGGGCUUGGAUGUGCUUCUACAUAAUACAUUUAAUAUACACAUGUUUUUUACAAAGAACAGAAGCUGUAGCAAUUCUAAAAUGUAUUUAUUUUUUACAUUUUAAGAAAAUACAACAGCAAUAGAAUGCAGUACUUUAGUUAUAAUGUGUUGAUAAUAAUGAUGCGUCCUUACAAUAGGCAAUGAUUAAUGGAAUGAUUAUUUGCAGGCACUACCUUUGUCACUCCUUUUUUCUAUCUAUUAUUUUUGUAUAAUCUCGACUAGCAUUACUGACUGUUAGUUUUCAUACCUAUAUGAUUAAUGAAA